AUGGUGUUUGAUUUGAAUGUUCCGGAUGGAGUUGAUGAAUUGGAAUAUUACAAUAGUAUUGUGAAUGAUGAUGCUAUAGAUUGGGGCUUGAAUAAUGUACGAAAUGACGAGUUAUCGGCAUUUGGGUUUCAAAUGGAAGAAGACGUGCAUGUUGAGGAUGUGAAUGAAGUGAAUGUUGAGGAUGUGAAUGAAGUGAAUGGUGAGGAUGUGAAUGAAGUGAAUGUUGAGGAUGUUAAUCAUGUGAAUGUUGAAGACGUUGAAUCUGAAUUUCGCCAUGAGACUGAAGAUGUGGCCAACGAAGUUGGUCAUUCAACUGCUGUAGAGUUCGAGGCUGUAGAGUUGGAGGCGAAAUUAGCACCUGGAUGUUUAGUUGAUGGUUUCGAUGAAGCAUUUUUGUUGUAUUGUGCCUAUGCGAAACAGACUGGAUUCAGUGUAAGGAAAGGGAACCAAGAGCGUUUCAACAAGACAAAAGAGGUACGUAUGAAGACAUUUGUAUGUUCUUGUCGCGGUUUGACACCUACUACUCAUAUUGAAGGCCGUUUGGCAGUAUACAAGAAACAGAGCAGUAGGUGUAAUUGUCAAGCUCUUUUGAGGAUUGCCCGUGUUGAAGGAGGGCCAUGGAAGGUAACGACAUUCAAUAAAGAUCACAACCAUGAAUUAUUUCCCAAGGAUCAAGCCUAUUUGCUCCGUUCUUCUCGGCAUAUAUCGCAUACUAAGAAGUCUAUGUUGGAGGCUUUGCAUUCUGCCGGCAUACCAAUAAGCCGUGCCUGUCGUUUCAUGGAAAAUGAAGCCGGCGGCCCUGAAAAUGCCGAAUUUAUUCGUACAGAUGCCUACCAUCAUAUGGUCAAUGUUAGAAGAAAGUCGAAGAUGGCGAAUGGAGAUUCCAUAGCCCUUAUGCAAUACUUUGUAGACAAGUCUAACAAAGAGCCCUUUUUCUACUGGAAUAUGCAAAAGGAUGACGAGGGACGACUUAUGAAUUUCUUCUACCGUGACUCUCGUAGUGCCCUUGAUUACGAGUAUUUUGGUGAUGUCCUAUCUGUUGACACAACCUACAAGACGAACAAAUAUGAUCUCAUUUGUGCUCCCUUUGUAGGUAUUAAUCAUCAUUUGAAAAAUUGUAUGUUCGGAAUGGCCUUCCUUUCAGAUGAGACGACGGAGACAUUUGAAUGGUUAUUUUCGACAUUUUUAGAGUCAAUGAAUGGAAAGGAACCGGAAGUGGUAUUCUCCGAUCAAUGUCAAGCUUUAAUGAAUGGUAUUGAUGGUCAAUUCAAAGCUGCGAGCCAUCGCCUAUGCCAAUGGCAUAUCAAUCAAAAUGCCCCUUCUCACUUUGGUUCCUUGAAUGGUAACAAUGACUUCAAAAGAGCAUGGCAUCAUUGUAUGAAUUGGUGCGAGAGUGAAGAAGAAUUCGAAAGCUUGUGGAAGAAAAUGAUUGAAGAUUAUAGGUUGGCUGAGCAUAGGUGGUUUGGAAGUAUGUACAAAUUGCGCAAGAGAUGGGCUUCAGUUUUCACCAAUUCUCGGUUUUCUGCUGGACUGCAUGCUACUUCACGUAGCGAAGUAACGAAUAAGGUUUUGAAGGAUUUGUGUGGCAGCAGUGGUUCGUUAUUUGAUUUUGUUCAAAAAUAUGAACAAAUUCAAAAGGAUUGGCGGGUGAAAGAAAGAGCUGCUGAUGCUUUAUGUAUCGGGACCCCCGGUCAAUUUGUUGAGCAUAACCCGUUGGUGAUGGCUGCCGCAAAACAUUUCACGCGAGCUGUGUUUGUGUCUUAUGAGUUCGAGGCAAAUCAUUCCUUGAAUGUGAGCAUAAUUGGAAAUCCGACGGCGAACGACGUGCAACAGUUGCGGUUUGUUGUCAAAACCACAAUAAAUCCAUUGCGUAGUAGAUGUGUUAUAUUCCAUCGAACUUCUCAUGAAGCCUCAUGUAGCUGCCGUUUGUGGGAAACUAGUGGCAUCUUGUGUCGCCAUAUUUUUCGAAUAUAUUAUCAUAUGAACGUGCAAAGUAUACCGAAGAAAUAUCUGUUGCGGAGGUUCUCAAAGGAUGCGAAAACACGCAUUGGACUAGCUGUCGGAGAAGGGAAUACUGGUGACACUCAUUGUCAUAUUUUGUUGCCUAAUUCAGCCAUGAACAGCCACAUUAUGCGCGGGAUGUACGAGCUCUUGAAUGAUGAUAAUUUGGAUGAAACAUCUCGUAAAAUAAUUGUACUCAAAUUCGAUGAGCUACAAAAACAAAUUCAAUUGCGGUUACGGACUGUUAGGCAGGUGGAUACAUCCCAUGAUGACGCAUCGAUUGAUAAUCCAAAUCCGUUAGUGCGUACACCCUUCCAUGAUCCGCCGAUUCCUGUGAAGCGAAGGAAGCGAACUGCACUCUCAAGCAACCACAUCAAAUAA